UAGCCUGCAGAGGAUGAGAGCUGCGACCUGUAUGGCACAGGGGGACGAAGAAGUGUGAGCUCAGGGUCUGUCCUACACAAUCAGGAGGAGGUGGACGAGACAUGAUGCUCUGAGAUCCGGUUGUAUAACAACAGUUUUCGGUUCAUUUCUGACACGUCUCCGGUCCCGGUAAAAACCGGACUGGUGGAAGAUCUUCCGUUUUUUUUUUUUCGAGGUAUGGGAGCACUGCAGUCCUUACCGGGUCAACCAGAGUACGUUGAUCUGGCGGAAAAGACGGGGUUUUCAUAUGAGCAGAUUGGAGUCCUCCAUAAAAGAUUCAAGCAGUUGAGCCACAAUGAAGAAACUCUGCUGAGAGAACACUUCAGAAAAAUCCCUGAUCUUGAAUGCAAUCCCAUCCGUUCUCAGAUCAUAGAGGCCUUCUUUGACAGAAGAAACUUUCGGAAGAAUGGCGAAGGUACUGUUGAGGAGAUCGGCUUCGAAGAGUUUCUGGUGAUCAUGUCCCAUUUCAGGCCCCCGUCACUACACAUGACAGAGGAGCAGCGGGAGAGCGUCCGGAGGGAUAAACUGAGAUUUUUAUUCAACAUGCAUGACACGGACAACGAUGGGACGAUAACCCUGGAGGAAUACAGACACGUGGUGGAGGAGCUGCUAUCUCUCAGCGAGACGCUGGAGAAGGACACAGCCAAAAGCAUAGCUGAUGCAGCCAUGUUGGAAGUGGCCAGUAUCUCAAUGGGUCACAUGGAACCCGAUGAGUUCUAUGAGGGAAUCACAUUUGAGCAUUUCCUCAAGUUGCUGAAUGGCUUUGAGAUUGAAUCAAGAAUGAAUGUUCGCUUUUUGUAUAUGGACACAACAACCUUGUGUAAGUGAGGCCGGUACACUACGCUAUGCAGAGACUCUGGGAAAACUCUGAAGACGCAUGAUUAUGGUUUCACUAUCUGUUGUUUCCAGUUUGUCGCUUGCUCUGAAUAAUAUGCCUUACUCAUGUUUUACUAUGCAAAUGAAAACAUGUAUACUGCAGAUGUAAGUAGCUUAUUUGAUCGGAAGCAAUAAUAUGAGAUAACCAGUCAAAUAACAAUCAGCCUGUCAGUAGUUUGACUAAGCAAUAUCCAUGUCUGCGGUAGUAGACAGUAUGACUCAAUGCAUGCAAAUAUUGAUACUUGUAGAACCUUUACAAGUUUCAAUUCCAUAAAUCAAUAACUUUGAAUUAUCAGGGAUAUAAAGCUUUAUAUUUAACUAUAUCUAGAUGGCUGUAAUAAAAGCAAUACAAUCAUUUGAGAUGCCUUUUACUCCUAUUAUAAAAUUGACAGUUGGUGCAUGCUCUGCACACUACAUUUGCACAAUGAAACCAUAUGAAACAUCUGACUUCAGUUCAUGAUGUGUAUUUCUGGUAAAAAGGAAAUGGGAGUGCUGUUAUGCAAGAUUAAAUGCUUAAAGGCUGUAUCUUAUCAGUCUAUCUGAAGAAGGACUGAUAAGAUACUUCUUAAGAAGUACAGAUGAGGUGAAUCAGUCAGUCUUAAUACUACUCAUACUACUGUCACAAUCAAUUAAAAAAGCAUAUCAAUACCUGUUUAUUCUGUUGAAUGUAUACUAACACUUAAUUUCUCAAUAUUUCCUGUGAGUUUUAUGUGAUAUUGUCCAAAGAGACCCAUCAGCACCUCUGACGCACUUCAUUCUUCUGUGUAUUCAGUCAUGGGUGUAUGCUGCCCUCCAUGGGUCAAAACAUGUAAAGCAUGUUAAAUGAUAAUGAACCUGCACCUUAUCCAUUAAAGAUAUUUCUACAUCGUUUCUACAGUUGUUUUUUUCGUACUUCAUAUUGUAAACAUGUUAAUGCAGUGCUUUUACACAUGGGACAUGCUUGGUCAUUGUUUAACAGGUGCACAUUAAUUGAAAGAUUAGAUGUUUCGCUUUACAGUCCGUGUCAUUGUAUCGUUGAGGCUUUUACUUUGGAAAGCUGUCCAUAUUUUGCAAUAAAAUAAGACAUUUAUGUAAUGGUGGUUCAUAUUUCUGAGUGCAUACAGGACGAUCCUUUUGCCACCGACUUUCUGAGUGAGAAUGGACACUGACAAAUGUAAUGAUACAGACAUUUAUAGUUAAAGAUAGAAGUUCAAUAGUUUUUGUGAAUUUCUAGUGUGGAUCGGUUACUGCUGCAGUAAAGCUGCUCGGGACUUUCGGCUGCUUGCUAGAAAAACCUGUGUUUUGCACACGAUUUGAAAAGGCCGUUACUAACGGUUUGCUGAAUUACAAGGAACAAUGAGUACAAAUAUUGUUUUUCUUGAGGAUUUCUAAUGAGCCCUAACAAGUGUGCCAAUGUUGUGGUAAGAGACCACCACAAACUGAAUUAUAAGUGAUAUAUGACAUAUUGUUUUCUUUUCUUUUCUUCAGGUCACAGGACAUGUUAAAGGUUUUAAUCACCUUGUUUGGUAAUAAAGGUUUGCACACAUUCUAAUGUUAUAUUUUAGUAACCCUCAACAGUUUUACCUCCCAUCUGAAGGAUUAUCAUAUGUAACAUCAAUGUACAUUUUUUAACAAAGGUGGAAUUGAGUGAGUUGACUGCACUUGUUUUUAAUCUCUUGUUUCAAUAGGAUCAUAUAUUUUUUUUUAAAACAUAAUUUUUUCUUGGCCUUGGAAACUUGGAAAAUGUAGACAAUGUAUUGCAGUUGUGCAGAAGUCCACACAUUUCAAUAGUGACGUGCUGUAAAUUGAUGACAGGUGGAUCUGUGGUGACAGACACUACAACAGGUCCUGUGUUCACUCUCCAGGCCGGUCCAGUUCUGUUGGGGUUUGCACGUUAAUGCCUGUGUUGGUGUUGAAAUUGUGCAGGUUAUCUGGUGUUAUUCCACUUCAGGUGAAAUAAGAGUGUUUUACAGGGAGGACGUGUGACUAGUCUAAGGUUCUUUGCAUAUCGCAAAUACUGU